AUGCAUUUACCACUGCUCACAUUCACCACACUGGUGCCAGUAGUGUUGGGGCAGGCGAGAGGAGAUGGCAAUUUUCUACGUUUCGGAUGUUCUCAACUUGUUGUCGAGCGUAUUGACCCCCUCGUCGCUCCAGGCUUGAACCCAUCACCACACACCCAUCAAGUCGUUGGUGGAAACAGCUUCAACGCUACAAUGGACCCGAGCACUAUUGAUCCACCCGCACAGUCGACAUGUACGUCGUGCAUCUAUACAGCGGACAAAAGCAACUAUUGGACAGCCUCCAUCUACUUCCAAUCCCCCGAGAACGGUACCUUCAAGCGUGUUCCACAAAUGGCCAACGGCCGCCUCAAUCGAACGCUGUUGGAGCAAGACGGCGGUAUUACCGUGUACUAUAUGCGGCCGUUCAGUGGGACAAACAAGAACACGACAGUCUUCCCUCCAGGAUUUCGAAUGUUGGCUGGCGAUCCUACCCUGCGUAACCGAACGGACAGCUUUGCCAACAUCUGCCACCGUUGCCUGGCAGCCAGCGACCGUCUCAUGGGCGGCGAUGGCGCACCGUGCGAUGCGAAUGACUUUAAAUCCUUCCCUCCUAAGAUGUGCGCGGGAGGCAUUCGUGCGACUGUGAUAUUUCCAUCCUGCUGGGACGGAAAGAACUUGGACAGUCCCGAUCACAGGACGCACGUCGCAUACGGUCCCGGACAAGCGCUGGCGGGCGACCAGUGCCCCGAUACACACCCUGUCAGAAUACCACAAGUAAUGUAUGAGAUCAUGUACGACACGACCCAGUUCAACAAUCCAGACUAUUGGAAGGAUGGUAAGCAGCCAUUUGUGUACAGUUUUGGCGAUCCGACUGGUUACGGUGCGCACGGUGACUAUCUCUUUGGCUGGAAGGAUGAUGCCCUUCAGCGCGCCAUGGAUGGCCUCGGGACCACAUGCGCCAGUGAAGAUUGUACCCAGGUGCUCGACAUUCAGUCCGGAAACGACGCCAUCGCUUGUACCAAAGCCCAGCAGGCAACGGAGGAUGUGGGGUCCUCGAAUUGGCUCAAGACACUCCCGGGAGGUAUGCCGAUCAUGUAG